AUAGGUACUCCGGCAAAUCGCGUUGGACGUGUUACAAACCAUGUUGUAAUGUACAUCUUCUGCAUGUAAAAAAGUAAGAGUGCCCUAUGUUAUUGGAAUGUUUUUCUUUUUGUGUGCCAUGUUUUUCUUAAAGAAAUCGCUCAAUUUAUUAUCUUCUGUGCCAAGGAGUGUGUAUUUAUGAGAAAACCACCUGUUAAGCGUGUGAGGUCGAAUCUUAAAUGACGUUUCUUAAUAACAACACGUUUUCAUUUUCGGUUUCGGGGUUUAAAGAAACCUCGAUCGCACGAUUUUAUAUUAAGAAACAAAUGGUUUGAAUGACAGCAGUUUAUUUUCGUUGGAAAUACGUUAAAAACAUGAUGGAAUUUUUCAGUAGAUUUCAGUGAGUUCCCAUGAAAAAUAGUAAAGAUUUUUUGUAAUUUUUUUUCCUAAUCAUAAUUAUAAACUUUACCCUUUUAUGAACAUAAUAUAAACUGUGAGUAACUGUAAGAAUGUUUUCUCAACAAAUUCAUUAAAUGUACUUAUGCAAUUUGCAGAUACUUUUGAAAUUAUAAUCUUAUGUAGAUUGAGUAAUUCUUGUUAUAUUGCCUUCAUACAAUGUAUGGUUUAAAUUUGUACUACUUUCAAGCAAGAAAUUUAGACACCGAUUUUGAUGUUUUGGGAACUAGACAAAUGUUGUUAUAUUUGAAACUGAGAGAAGUGUACAAAUUGUUAAAAAUCGAAAAAACGCUCACGAAAAACAUUGCAGCAUACUAAAGCCAAUAAAUUGUUUUCUGUGUUUAUCUAAUGAAGCUCAAUUUAUUCCUACUUUGUCAGUUUAUGUCCAGCUGUUGUUUAUUUUAAAAAUCCUCAGUUGGAUUACAAAUAUACGUACUCUUGUGCAUAAAUUAAUAGGGAAGUGACAUAUUCUUGAAAGACCUUAUUAGUGCCAUACAUGUGCUAUGAAAAGUUUUUUCUUUUACUGAAAGGAUUGUGAAAAAGUUUCUCGUCUGAAAAAGCUAUUAUCAGUAUGCUUCUUAUGCAUGAUUUGUGUGAAUUUCAAACUUUUCUAUGGAUUAUACUAUAUGCAAAUCCAAGUUCAGUGAUCCGUCCUUGAACAGCGCAGUCGCUUUCCUCCAAAUACCAUUAACGGAAUACAAACGAAUUUGUGAAACUGUUUUCAUCAACUUGUAUGCAAGAACUUCUGACAACACCAGACGGAUUUAGGUGUGUGAUGCAGGGCUUUUCCGUCUUGGUCAUGUGACCAAGGUGGAUUCAAAGGAGUGGAUCAGGCUUUAGGCCAUGGCGACCUUAAAUUUUUCGAAGGUCUUCAUAUUGGACAAGUAUUUUACAGAGCUACAAAAAUUUUGGGAAACGGAGCGUAAAUUACAAGAUGCUUCGUCAUCCAACGAAGCGGUCCACCUCCAGCAGCGGCUGCGCAGUCUCAGUUCCGAACUAGUGACGCUCCGGAAUCGACUGCACGUGACGGGGGGAGGCGCCCCUCCGAGCGCCCCCCUCAAUGGGCAUUCCCUCGCAGCCUACCAGCAAGAGCUGAGCAAGGGGACCGUGGGGAUGAUGCGGCACACUGUUUGCGCCGAAGUUCAAGACCUCAUUCACUUGCCUGGGCCGUUGACGGAAGACGCCGUGCUCAGGACGCUGCACGCGCGGUUCUUCAACAGAGAGUACUUUACGAACGUAGGACCCAUAUUACUGUCCGUCAAUCCGUACCAGGAUGUGGGCAACCCCCUGACACUAAGCAGUGCCCACGCUGCCUCUCGCUGUCCACAGCUUCUGAGGGUCAUUCAUGAAGCUGUCCGCCAACAGAGUGAGACAGGCUAUCCUCAGGCCAUCAUCCUCAGCGGCGAAAGCGGCAGUGGCAAAACGUACUCGUCCAUGCUCCUCCUGAGGCAACUGUUUGACGUUGCUGGCGGAGGACCUGAGACGGACGCCUUCAAGCAUCUCGCGGCAGCUUUUACUGUGCUCAGGUCACUGGGCAGUGCUAAAACGGCCAACAAUUCAGAAUCUAGUCGAAUCGGUCACUUUAUUGAAGUGCAGGUAACUGAUGGAGCUCUCUACAGAACCAAAAUUCAUUGUUACUUUUUGGAUCAGACACGGGUCAUUCGUUUACUUCCUAAUGAGAAGAAUUACCAUAUAUUUUACCAAAUGUUAGCCGGUCUUACUCAAGAAGAACGGGCACAACUCAGUCUCGCUGGUUAUUCCUUACAUAAUCUCUGUUACCUAAACCAAGGAGACAUCACCCAAAAUGAGACGGAAGAUGCUUCGAGAUUUGAAGCGUGGAAGACUUGUCUGUCCGUAUUAGGUAUCCCUUCCAUGGAUGUUGUGAGAGUGCUGGCGGCUAUUUUGCUUCUGGGAAACAUCCAGUUUAUCGAUGGAGCUGGGAUGGAAGUGGACAUCAAAGGUGGAAAUGCUGAAAUGAAGGCCGUUGCCACUUUACUCGGAGUGUCCAGUGUGGCCUUGUUCAGAGGUCUGACCACGCGCACACACAACGUUCGAGGACAAUUAGUCAAAUCUCUUUGUGAUGCGAAGCUCGCAACAUGCACGAGAGAUGCUCUUGCCAAAGCUCUAUACUGCCGGACAGUGGCAACUAUUGUGCGGCGAGCCAAUAGCCUGAAGAGGCUGGGGUCCACUUCGGGAACCCUCAGUUCGGAUAGCAAUGAGUCCGUCCAUAACCAAACAGAAAACAGUAGUCAACAUGCAUCCACGAUAGGUUCUGGAGGUGUUAAAGCUUCAAAGUCAAUGACAGUGCUCAAUUCUGCGGUGAGGCAUGCUACCGAUGGUUUCAUAGGCAUUUUGGACAUGUUUGGCUUUGAAGCUAGCAAACCUAGCCAUUUGGAGCACCUAUGCAUCAAUUUGUGCGCUGAAACUUUACAGCAUUUUUACAACACGCACGUGUUUAAAAGCAGCAUCGAGUCUUGCAGAGAAGAAGGUGUUCAGAGUGACUUACAAGUCGAUUACGUAGACAAUGUACCUUGUAUAGACCUCAUAUCUUCACUGAGAACUGGCUUGUUGAGCAUGCUGGACGUGGAGUGCUCAGUGAGAGGGAGCCCAGACACUUACUUGAAGAAAGUCGUCGCUCAACACCACCAUAGUCCUAGGUUCUACGAGCAGAAGACAGCCGACAGCAGGAUCUUCGGCAUCAGGCACUUUGCCGGUCGCGUUCCCUACGACGUGACGCACUUUCUGGAGACCAACCGCGACGUGGUGCCGGACGACAUUGUCGCCGUUUUCCACAAGACCAUUUGCAACUUCGGAUUCGCCACCCAUCUCUUCGGCAGUGAGCUCAAGGCGCUUUACUCUCAAGAAACCGUGCCCAGAGGCGUUUCAUUCAGAAUAUCUCCUACUGCUCAUACAGAUUUACUGAAUGGUGACGAACCGGUGUCUACACUCACUCAGGAUUUCCAUAGCAGACUGGACAAUCUGCUGAGAACACUGGUGCACGCAAAACCUCACUUCAUUCGCUGCAUUAAGGCGAACAAUAACGAACAGCCAAAUCACUUUGACCGUGGUGUCGUCGUUCAACAAAUACGGGCAUUGCAAGUCCUGGAGACAGUCAACUUGAUGGCUGGAGGUUUUCCGCAUCGCAUGAGGUUCAAGGCUUUCAACACCAGAUACAGGCUAAUCGCUCCCUUCAAGAAACUGAAGAGGACAGACGAUAAAGCUAUAGAAGAUUGCGAGCUUAUUUUGGAGUGUUUUAUGGCAGUGACAGAAAACUGCAGAGUCUCAAAUGCUUCCACUGCCUGGGCCAUGGGGAAGAGGCAUAUAUUCCUCAGCGAGGGAUCUCGACAGCAGCUGGAGUUGCUCCGGGUGGAGCGCAGGCAUAAUGCAGCCGUCCUCAUCCAAGCUGUCUGGAGAGGCUGGAAUUUCAGAAAGAAGCGGUGGCCCACCCUCAAGAGAAACCUUUGCAUGCAGGCACGGACACGCGUCAAUAGGCCCCGUCCUCAACCGAUUGCUGGCACCCCACCUCCGGACCUGGAGCGCUGCGACCAGAAGACGAUCCAGCAGACUUGCUCUCUGUUCGGCCUGGACCUGGAGAGGCCCCCACCCGUGCCUCCUAGCCGCUCAUACACGGUGACAGGCAACACCAAAAUGGGGUACCCGCAGGCCAGGGUCAUGAAGAUGAACUAUCCAGAGGACAACAGCGGAGAAGUGACUCUGCACAAAGGCGAGACGGUGAUGGUAGUGCGCGCAUCCGCAAGACGAGGUCACUUGGUGGUCGAGCACAAGAACCACACCAUCCACGUACCCUAUCAGUUCCUAGAGCUGAAACCUUCAGAAGGAGUCAACAUUUGAGUGCAUGAACUCCACACCUCUUGAAACUGCUCAAGGACAUUUGACUCAAAACGGGAGUCGACGUCCACUCGGCAACUCACACCAAAAAUAGAAUCUCGUCUCUUUUAGGGAAACUAAACAAAGAGCAAUGACCGAAAUUAGAUUUUUUUUUAAUCGGAAGGGAUUUGUUUGUGAAAUGAGAAUCUGAAACUCAUGAUGAAUUUUUCAGAUACUUAAAAUAAAACUCAAUUAAGAAAAAUAAUUAGAUAUAACUUUACCAUAUUAAAAACCAAUUCAUUCGAAUCCUUUGAUGACGGCAAUAAAAGAAAAAUCAAGUCGCUUGAAUAUCUGAAUAUGUCAUCUUCAAUUAAUUUCUUAGCGAUAUAUAUAUUUCCAUUUAUCAAAAGUAUUCCAGAUUCCUUUUUAAAAUAACUUAAAUGCAAGAUUGUUACGGACUACAAAGAAAACUGAGUUUUAGAGUAACUGAGUUAGAGAAGCAGCAAAUUCGAUUUUCUUUGGCAAAUAAAGUAACUGGAAAAAUCUGAAGAAAGACAACGUUAUAAUAUGUUAUUGCUCGUCAAGAAAUGCAAUGGAGUUUCAAAAUUAUAUAGUUAGAAGGACACCUGAUCUUCGAAAAUACUUUUUAAAUCUCAUAUAUACCAAAGGUACAGUUUCUAAAUUUUAUAUUGACUGACAAAGGGUAUUUUAUAAUCUUGAAGAUAUUAUUUUUGCUGUUAGUUGCUUACAAGUGGACAAUUUAUUCCUUUUAUGGUUUCAUAUCUCAGGGCUUCAUGAUCAUCGUCGUCAGUAUCAGGACAUGUGUUUUUUUGUCGAACAAAACGAAACUCAUCAGUGGGUGUUCACCAGUGGUGGUUUGUUUGUAUAAAUAUUUUUGUCGCUUAGUACAAAUAUCGUCACAUUUAUGUGAAAUCUGUCCACUUUCAUAGGAGUGGGUUUACAUUCAUUUGAAUUAUGUUGGGUUGAAUGUGUAUUUUUUUUUUUUUUUUUUUUUUUUUUUUAAUUUUUCGUCUUACAUUUUUUGCGCCAAAUUCGACGCUAUUAUAGCUCUAAAGCGUCCCAAGUAUUAUUUCAAAAAUCUUUUUAAAAAUUUUGAAAAUUCAAUAAUAUACCUUAAAAAAAUUUUCUUCGUUUUGUAAAUAUGGCUAUUCUGUAAUUUUUAAAUAUGAUUUUCAAUUUGAUUAUCUCUACAUUAAUUUUCUUUAAUCGAUUCUGACAAAUAUUAUUGUAUACGCAGAUGACAAAUAUCGUGGUUGGUUUUCAUACCAAAAAGAAAUGAAAUUGUUUAAAAAGAAAAAAAUGAACUCGUCAACGAAAUACUAAAUUGGAUGUAGGUAUCCUAGGAUCGGGAGCCACUAGCAUUUGAUGGAUUUCGAUUUCACAACAUGCACAUUCCAAUUACGCAUGUGAAAUUCAAACAAUUUUUAACUUUUACAAACAAACUAUAAUUACGCACCAAUUUAUUUUGAAAAAUAUAGCAUAAGACUUUCUUUCCAAUAACAUUCAACGAAAACUACUAUAUCACAAGAUGAUAUUAUUAAAAUUUUUCCAAUGACAUUAUUACUUCUAGCAGCCAAAAUCAACAUUACAGUUAUUUUGUUAUUGAUCACGGCCAUAUUUAAAUUUAAAUGAUAAUAAUAAUAAUAAUUAUUAUUAUUAUUAUUUACCAUGAGAUGAAGUAAAUAAAUAUUUCUUCGUGCACAGUAUUGAUAACUGCAAAAUCUAAGAGCAUAGAUUAUUAGAAGCAAAAGAGCAUUUUCCUGCAUUUCUUGUCAGAAAAUAGUUCUUCCAGACAGUUAGAUGCGUUUACGAUAAGGGCAUAAAGGUUAUAACCAAUGUUUAAACGUUUAUAAGCAAUAAAUAAAUAAUAAAUUUUCCAAGCAAUUUUUAUUUUGCCUUCCAAUGUAUUGUUUGAAAAUCAACCAUGCAUAUUGCCCAUAUACUGUCAGAAUAAUUUUCAAUUAAAAAAUAAAAUUAUGCUGUCUCUCCUGUCUUGUAGAUUUGUAUAGGUUUCUGGAGAGAAAGUGCAUCUUUAGGUCUAUAACAUGUACAGAAUUUGAAGCUUUUAUGAUGUUCCAUUAAA